UCGAGUUCCGGAGUCCAGUCGCUUUCCCCGGCCAGAGCGGAGAUGCAGCCGCCGCCCAGAAAAGUGAAGCCGGUCCAGGAGGUGAAGCUUCGUUUCCUGGAGCAGUUGAGCGUCCUCCAGACUCGGCAGCAGAAGGAGGCCGAUCUCUUGGAAGAUAUCAGAUCCUACAGCAAGCAGAGGGCAGCCAUUGAACGGGAGUAUGGGCAGGCCCUCCAGAAAUUGGCAGGACCAUUUCUGAAGAGAGAAGUGCACCGGAGCGGGGAGGUGGACACCAGGACGGUGUUUGGUGCCUGGCGCUGCCUGCUGGAUGCCACCCUUGCUGGGGGCCUCGCCCGGCUGCAGGUGUCGGACAGAUACCGUGACCUGGCAGGGCGAAGUGCCAGGGAGCAAGUCCUGAGGAAGGGAGUGGACACGCUCCAGAGGGCCCAGACUGAGGUGCUGCAGUCUGUCCGGGAGCUGAGCCGGAGCCGGAAGCUGUAUGGGCAGCGGGAACGCCUCUGGGCUGUGGCCCAGGAAAAAGCGGCUGAUGUCCACACCAGGCUGAUGCGCAGCGACCACGGACUCUUCCACACAAGGUCCAGCCUCCAGAAACUCAGCACCAAGCUGUCAGCCCAGUCGACCCAGUACUCCCAGCAGCUGCGAGAGGCCCGCAAUGAGUACCUACUCAACGUGGAGGCCACUGGUGCCCACCUGGACCAUUACUACCAGGAGGAGCUGCCAGCCCUGCUCAAGGACCUGUUUAGAGAGCUGUUGGACCGCUUGAAGGAUCCUCUGACCUUACUGAGCCACAUUGAGCUGGAAGCUGCAGAGGGGGCCUUGGAGCAUGCGCGUAGUGGGGGCCAGGCCAUUGCUCAGAUAAGCUGGGAGCAUGAGCUGCUGCGCUUUCUCCAGGAGCCGGGAGCCUUCUCCCGCCCUCUGCCUCAGCAGUUUCAGCCUGCAGGGACAGAUCAGGUGUGUGACCUGGAACUGGAAAAGAGCGAAGACGGCAUGAUAGGGGACAGCACCCUAGAGAAAGAGAUCCAGCGCUUGACAAACCGAGCUGCCCGUGACUAUAAGAUCCGGAGCCAUGGGUGUCGGGUGUUGCAGCGGUUGGAGCAGAGGCAGCAGCAGGCGUCAGAGCGGGAGGCUCUGGGCCUAGAGCAGCGGCUGCAGGAAGUGAAGGAGAGCAUCCGGCGGGUGCGGGUGAGCCAGGUGAAGGGGGCAGCCCGGCUGUCCCUGCUGCAAAGUGCCGGCUUGGAUGUGCAACGGUGGCUGAAGCCUGCCAUGACCCAGGCCCAGGAAGAGAUGGAGCAGGAGCGGCGACUCAGUGAAGCCCGCCUGUCCCAGAGGGACCUCUCUCCCACGGCUGAGGAUGCUGAACUCUCCGACUUUGAGGAAUGUGAGGAGACCGGGGAGCUCUUUGAGGAGCCCCCGCCGCCGACCCUGGUCACCAGGCCCCUUCCCUGCUCUGCACAUGUGGUGUUUGGCUAUCAGGCUGGGAAUGAGGACGAGCUGAGCAUCUCGGAGGGCGAGUGGCUGGAGGUGAUCGAGGAGGGAGAUGCCGAUGAGUGGGUCAAGGCGCGGAAUCGGCAUGGACAGGUGGGCUUUGUCCCCGAGCGCUAUCUCAAUUUCCCAGACGUCUCCUUGUCUGAGGUCAGCCAGCAUAGUGACUACUGCGCAGAGCAAGAGCGCCCAGUGUUCCUGGCCCGCGCCCUGUACACCUACAAGGCACAGAGUGUGGAGGAGCUGAGCUUCCCCGAGGGGGCUUUCAUCCGCCUGCUACCCCGGACCCACGAUGGAGUGGACGAUGGCUUCUGGAGGGGAGAGUUUGGGGGCCGUGUUGGGGUCUUCCCCUCCCUGCUGGUGGAGGAGCUGCUGGGCUCCGUAGCACCACCUGAGCACUCAGAUUCUGAAGAGAUGCUGCCAUCCCCUUCUCCUCCCAGCUUCUCCCCACCUGCACCCACCUCUGCCUCAGAUGGGCCCCUUGCACCUGUCCUGCCUGGGGAUCAAGAUCUGGACUGUCCUGAACCCCUAAACACGAUGGUGCCUCGACUCAGGCCGGUGCGUCCACCACCUCCCCCACCAGCCAAAGCCCCAGAUCCUGGCCACCUGGAUUCCCUCACCUGAAGCUCAGGGGGCAUCUGUGCCCCCCACCCCCACAGUGAUGCUGCUUCCCUGACUCCAUGACGUCAGAGUGACACAGCCCAAGGCUGGGCUCCACCAUCUCUACUCUUACCUACGGAGUAGCUUCCUCUCUCCCCAUGUCUGGCACCCACU